AUGUCAACAAUUGAAGAUCAAAAGAGAACGCUGCAGCCUCUCGUUGGUUUCUUCGCCGCAAAACAGACUACAACCCGAGGCAGACAACUUUACGUCAUUAGUCGAGAGCAGCUGGAGUAUCUAGUUGAAGCGGGCUUCAAACGACGAGCUAUUGCUAGUCUGCUUCAUGUGUCAGAUUCGGUUAUUAAGCGCCGCCUCAGGACAUAUGGUAUAAGCAUCAGAGGAAGGUACUCGAUCAUCUCCAACGAGGAACUUGACAAUCUGGUCCGAGAGAUAACAAAUGGCAAUCAGACACUUGGGCAACGAAUGAUUCAGGGACAACAUCAGAGUCUAGGACAUCGGGUUCAAAGACAACGUGUUGCUGACAGUCUGAUCCGGGUCGACGAAGCAGCCGUAGCCAUGCGAUGGUGUAACUCGAUUCGACGAAGGGUGUACAAUUUUGCUGGUCCAAACUCAUUGUGGCACAUAGAUGGAAACCACAAAUUGAUAAGGUACAAAAUUACUUAGUCUGCUAGGUCAAAUGAUAGAAAAACCUUGUAAAGAUUACAGUUGCCGCUUUUUUGUUUUAAUCUUCAUUAUCUUUUGUCAAAAUAUUUAUCUU